AAUUUUUCCAGUUGACAAAAAAAAUAUAAUGUUUAACCUUUUUGCCAAUAAGGAUUAAAAGACAGCAUCCUUACAUUCACAUCACUUUCAAUUAAUUCAAAAAAGCAGCCGGAGUUACAAACUGUACAAGACACUAUAGAGAAAUGGAAAAAGACAAGAAGCCUAAAUGCCGAUAAUGUUUGACCAGAAAAUGGUAAAGAAACGUUAUAUGUUAUGUAGCAACAUAAACGCAAAUAAAAUACGAUAAUACAAUAGAAUAAUAGAGAGACGAGAAUUUCACUGGUCAAAGUCUGACAUUCUUCGACACCCGAACCUAGAAAACAUCUAUAAAUACCUCAUUUGGUUCAUUCCCACAUUUCACCUGCAAACAUUUUGAAUACAACAACCAAUAUUGCACCAAAACCACUUCCUCAUAUACAAUUCUCCACAAUAGUAAAAAAUACACACAUAUAUUUUUUUGUUCUUAUAUACAAAUUUGGAGAGAUAUAUUGGGAUGGAGUUUCUUGAGAUGUCUCGAGUUUGGUACAUAGUCUUCAAAGUUUUCGUCGUAGUUCUUUGCCUCAUGUUCUUGAAGCUCUUUGUGCGUUGUUGGAUUUUGCCGGUUCGAGCUCAAAAGAAGCUUAGAGAAAAUGGAUUUUUCGGUCCAGCUCCUAGUUUUCCUUUAGGAAACCUUAAUGACAUGAAGAAGCUGAAGAUGGCCUCGGUUAUGGUGGAUAAUAGCAAAUCUUCCACCAUUAUCAACCAUGACAUACACUCCAUUGCACUACCACAUUUCGCUCGGUGGCAACAAGAAUACGGGAAAGUAUUUGUGUACUGGCUAGGAAUAGAGCCAUUCGUUUACGUGGCGGAUCCUGAAUUCUUGAGUGUUAUGUCGAAAGGUGUAUUGGGAAAGAGUUGGGGAAAACCAAAUGUUUUUAAGAAAGACAGAGAGCCAAUGUUUGGUACCGGUUUGGUUAUGGUCGAAGGGGAUGAUUGGACACGACAUCGCCACAUCAUCACCCCUGCAUUUGCCCCUAUUAAUCUUAAGGUUAUGACAAAUAUGAUGGUGGAAUCAGUCUCCAACAUGUUGGACCGAUGGGACAUACAAAUAAACUCGGGUAAUCCCGAAUUCGACAUGGAGAGCGAGGUUAUAGGAACAGCUGGUGAGAUAAUAGCCAAGACAAGCUUCGGAGUCACCGGAGAAAACGGCACUCAAGUCCUCAAAAACCUACGAGCCGUGCAAUUCGCUCUCUUCAACUCAAAUCGCUAUGUAGGCGUACCGUUCAGCAACAUUUUGAGUUACAAGCAAACCGUUAAAGCGAAGGAGCUAGGUCAAGAGAUAGAUAGUCUCCUUUUGUCGUUCAUAAACAAACGGAAGAUAUCUUUGGCUGAAGGAGAUGACCAAGGCCACGAUCUUCUCGGAAUGUUGCUUAAGGCCGAUCAGAAAGGGAAUUUUACGGCGAAAGAGCUUGUGGACGAAUGCAAAACAUUCUUCUUCGCUGGCCACGAGACAACGGCUUUAGCACUAACGUGGACGUUCAUGCUUCUGGCAAUCCAUCCCGAGUGGCAAGACACGCUCAGGCAAGAGAUUAGACAAGUCAUCGGAGAUUCCAAGAUUGAGUAUAACAAACUUGCCGGUCUAAAAAAGAUGAGUUGGGUAAUGAACGAGGUUCUCCGGCUAUAUCCACCAGCGCCUAACGCACAACGUCAAGCCCGAAAAGACAUUGAAGUGAACGGUCGGGUGAUUCCUAACGGAACAAACAUUUGGAUUGAUGUGGUGGCAAUGCACCACGACGCUGAGUUGUGGGGAGACGACGUUAACGAGUUUAAACCGGAAAGAUUCGACGGCAAUUUACACGGUGGUUGUAAGAAUAAAAUGGGUUAUAUGCCGUUUGGGUUCGGAGGGAGGAUGUGUAUCGGUCGGAAUUUGACCACCAUGGAGUACAAGAUUGUCUUGUCAUUGGUUUUGUCCCGGUUUGAAAUCUCGGUUUCACCCGGUUAUCGCCAUUCUCCGACGUACAUGCUUUCUCUUAGACCGGGUUACGGUUUGCCUCUAAUUAUACGACCACUUUAGAUUGCAUUAACGCACAAAUAUAAAGUCUUUAUUUUCAAGUUUAAUUAGGAUCAAUUUAUUUUUUCUUUUAUUUUGGCUGGCAGAUCAAAAUGUAACUAUUUAAGUCCUCGACUUUUAGUAUAUUUGUACACGUGUCUUGUUUUUCCGGAUAACGGACACCUCAUCUUUUAU